AUGGCAUCAUCCUCGCCAAAGCUCUCCACCUUUAUAACCUGGCUCCUCUACUUCGUGCCCGUAUACAUCUUCGUUCUGGACCCGCUGAUCCGGUCAUUCUUUCCGGGCAACUCUUCCUCGCCCUCGUGGGAUGAAGACCAGGGCGCAGAUACCUUUGAGGAAUGGGAUCAUGCCCCGUCAACUCUGCAUUUGACGGACGACAGCUUUAUCAGUCCCGAGGACGGGGUCCCAGCCAAUUGUCCCGGCGAGGCUGAAGGGUACCGCGUGCAUCUGCUGUCAAGGGCACCGCUCGUCUUGUACAUUGAGAACUUUGUGAGCGCCGCCGAGGCAGAUCAUCUAGUUGACAUCAGUCUAAACAAAUACACCCCCUCAAUAAUCUACGACGGCGUCACCGAACGCAUCGACCCGGCAAAACGCCUCUCCGACCGCGCCCUCCUAGACCGCGACGACACAGUCCGCUGCCUCGAGGACCGCGCCCGCGCCUUCCAAGGCUGGCGACCGCACCUCUACAUCGAGCGCAUGUGGGCGCAGCGCUACAAUGCCUCCGGCCACUACCGCCAUCACUAUGACUGGACGGGCUCGCUUGCGCGCGGGGGUGACCGGCUGAGCACGUUCAUGGUGUAUCUGGGGGCGGACUGCGAGGGUGGGGGCACGAAUUUUCCGCGGUUGAAGAGGCCGGUUGGGAGGACUUGGUGUCGGUUUUUGGAGUGUGAGGAUGGUGAGAGUGGUGGCGCUGGGCUGGAGGAAGGGAUUACGUUCAAGCCGAUUAAGGGGAAUGCGAUCUUUUGGGAGAAUUUGAGGGCGGAUGGGACUGGGUAUCCUGAGACGUGGCAUGCGGCGUAUCCGGUUACGAAGGGGACUAAGGUAGGGUUGAAUAUUUGGAGUUGGUAUCAGCCGCCGAAGAGGAGGGCUGGUCGGUGA